AUGCCAUCGACGCUGUCAAAUCAUGCCUCGAUCUCCGAGAUCCCGCCCCAACAAGAUGGCCACGCCAUUGCAAACGCGGUGGACUAUGGUGCGGAGGCAGACGAAGCCGCGGGCGACGUACCGGUAACAGGAGAGAGGAAACAGCCCGACAAGCACAGCAUGGACUACAUAAUCCGGUCGGGCAUUGCUGGUGGUCUCGCAGGGUGUGCUGCAAAGACUGCUGUCGCGCCGCUCGACCGAGUCAAAAUCCUCUUCCAGACCAGCAACCCCCAAUUCGCGAAAUACACGGGAUCAUGGUUCGGACUGGGCAAAGCGAUGCAGGACAUCUACACCCAGAACGGAGUUACGGGCCUCUUCCGCGGGCACUCGGCUACUCUCCUCAAGAUCUACCCCUACGCCGCAAUCAAAUUCGUCGCUUACGAGCAAUACCGGGCGUGGUUUAUCUCUUCCAGAAGCCAAGAGACGUGGUUCCGGCGUUUCGCGGCCGGCGCGUCCGCCGGCGUGACAUCCGUCUUCUUCACAUACCCCCUCGAGGUCAUUCGCGUGCGGCUGGCGUUUGAGACGAAGCAUAGGAGCUCGUCCCUCGCCGACAUCUGCAAAAAGAUAUACCACGAACACCCGUUGCCCAAAAUAGCGCCUGCGACGUCGGGAUCUGGCGUUGUGAAGGGUGUGGCCGAGGCUGCUUCCUCGACGGUACAGGCCGUGGCCCCUCGCUCCGGCCUGGUGAACUUCUACAGAGGGUUCUCAACGACUAUGCUGGGCAUGGUUCCGUAUGCGGGCAUGUCAUUCUUGACACACGACAUAGCGGGCGAUGCCCUCCGGAUGCCGCUACUCCGGAAGUACACGACAUUACCUCAGCCCGCCAAUGCGCCGAAAGAUAAGCCUGCACCUCUACGAGCAUGGGCCGAGCUGGUCGCGGGCGGUAUUGCGGGCCCGGUCUCUCAGACUGUGUCAUACCCACUCGAAGUGAUCAGGCGACGCAUGCAGGUCGGCGGUGCUGUUGGAGACGGACGCCGUCUUCGCAUAGGAGAGACCGCGGGCACGAUAUUCAAGGAGAACGGAAUACGUGGCUUCUUCGUGGGUCUGUCGAUUGGGUACAUGAAGGUCUUACCGAUGUCGGCUGUGAGCUUCUACACCUAUGAACGGGUGAAGACGUUCUUUGGUAUAUAG